GUCUGGCGUCAUACUGCAAGCGGAGCAUAAGGAGACGGUCAAGGAGUAUGAUAUGGACAGCGACUCCUGGACCGCCACAGACACCAUCUUGGGGGAGAACCAGCUGGUGGUGAAGACCGUAGGUGACGGCCUGCUUACGCUCCGACUUUCGGCGGCUGGAGGCUUCAAGUGGGAGCACGUGGGCUCCUACCGGCUGGGCGGGAAAAGCAAGGACGGGCAGUCCCUGUUGAAGGUGGUGGACUCGAGCACCAAGGCGUUUCAAGUCGAUGACCUUCGACGUAGCUUCGAGGAGAUACGGCACACCAAGUACGGCAAACAGUCG